AUGUCAUUUUUCAAAAGCGUUAGAGAGAUACUCCGCAGAUUAUUCACUCACAGGCACGAGAACGCACUGUCAACGCAGGCUUUUGAAAACAAAAAUACAAGUAUUCAGCAAACAAAAAGAUUCAUUUUUCCUGCUGAAAGUGAACCUCACGAGGCAACAAUCCUCGGAUUUCCCUCUCGUUGCUCCCUUCCCACAGAGAAUUAUGACGAAGUCAGUGAAGAGCUAGCAGACCUGGCUACAACUAUAGCAGAGUUUGAACCGGUGCGCAUGUAUGUCCGCACCGAAGACAUGGCCUAUGCUCAGACUUUGCUCAGUAUGAGUGGGAGAGAUAUCUCGAAUUUCACUCUGAUUCCGUGUCCAAUCAAUCACUGCUGGGUUCGCGAUACCGGCCCUGUUUAUGUUCGUGACGCCAGGCAGGAUUUCCACGACCGGCGCUACGCAUUAAACUUUCGAUUCAAUGAAUGGGGUGGAAAAAAGCCUGAGCACGAUGGAAUGUGCUGGGGCCAGGAAUGGCCAUUGAUGGAGCAGACAACUAUUCGUGAAAAUGAGGAUUUCGCCCGAUGGGUAAUUGAUCAUGAUGAUGAUCCAUCGCCUGUCUCUCGCAUUGAUGCUCCCAUACGCCUGGAAGGGGGAGCCUUGGUCGUUGAUGGUGAAGGGACUCUGCUUAUUUCAGAGAGUAGUAUUGUCUGCGACAAGCGGAACCCAAAUUUGUCGAAAUUUGAGAUUGAGGAGCAGCUGAAGCGACUGCUAAGCAUUGAGAAGGUGAUCUGGGUUCCCGGGCACCGCAAUGUGGACAUCACGGAUGUUCACAUGGAUGCGGAGGCUAGAUUCAUUCGCCCUGGAGUGAUUGUCUUCUCUAAACCCCACGACACGGCGGUCGAUCUAUGGAAAGAGAUUUCCACUGAGAUUUACGAUAUUCUUAGAUCGCAAACGGAUGCGAAAGGGCGGCUUUUUGAGAUCCACACAAUCGAAGAAGCAGAUCCACGAGGACUGGUCCAGUCUGACCAUGACGAAUUCGUUGCCAGCUACGUGAACUUUUAUUUUGUCAAUGGUGGGCUUAUUAUCCCGAAGUUUGGAGAUGAGGUUCGAGAUUAA